CUGUGUUAUAUUUUUCUUGGUUAUGGCCAAUUAUUGAGUACUAGGCCUACUCUAUUUAUUAUGAUUAUCUUUAACUUUUCUUUUCUAACAACUUUUGGUACUUUUUUCUAUUAUCACACCAUCAGCAAAAUUUGCUACACUUGAUACGAACUUUGACAACUUGGCAGACACACACACACCUGUGGCUUGCCUGAUUGCAAAACUUGUUUAGUGGAAGAGCCUUUGAAGGCUAAAGUCCAGAUUGUGGCAUGAAUGUCAUCGUCUGAUGAGUGGAGAAAAUUCAGUAUUAUAGAUCUCCAUGAAAAAAGUGCACAAUGAGUUCGGAUCGAAUCAAAUGGAAAAUCAAUACCAAAGAUCACAAGUUAGUUCACUUCGAUGAAGAUUCCGAAAAAACAUGGAAGGGGCCUUUCCAUUUCAUCCAAGGCGCAGAUUCGCAAUUUGGUUUGAUUGAUAGAUACAUUUUGAAACUCCCCAAUCCUAAAUGGGAGAAAGAAAUUGCACUUUGCGAAGAAGCUGUCAGGAAAGUUAAUGCAAUUCGACCAAAACCAAAGUUCUUCGUCAUUUGCGGAGAUUUGUGUGAUGCUGUACCAGUUGUUAGUCCAGAGCUGAGAAAACAACAAGAAGAGACCUUUGCCGAGAUUUUUAGUAAAGUGGACAAGGAAAUACCAGUUGUCUGCGUUUGUGGAAAUCAUGACUGCGGUGAUCAGCCAACCGUACAAAGUGUGAAUCAAUACAGAAACUCAUUUGGAGAUGACUAUUUUUCGUUUUGGGUUGGAGGAGUACUAUUUAUUGUGAUCAAUUCGCAAUAUUAUGCAGACGGUUCUCUUGUCGAACAACUGGUUGCCGAGCAAGAGCUUUGGAUUGACGAGCAACUCGCUUUGUCCAAGAAUUCCAAGCAUGGCGCAAUCCUGUUCCAGCAUAUUCCUUGGUUUUUGGACGAUGUAGAAGCCAAAGACUUGGGCUAUUUCGCUAUACCAUACGAUACCCGCAAAAGAAUGCUCGAUAAAUUGGUUGCUGGAGGUGUCAAGUACGUAUUUUGUGGCCAUUACCACCGCAAUUCAGGAGGCAUGUACAACGGACUUGAAGUUAUUGUGACAUCAGCAAUUGGAGGACAAUUGGGAACUGAUAAAUCUGGAUUUAGAAUUGUCAAAGUGAACGAAGAACAAGUGAGCCAUAGAUAUUAUGGCCUAGAAGAAGUACCGAAGGAUGUACAAUAAACUUUCUUACAAACAUUUGAAACAACAUACAUAAAGAGUUUUAGUCAAAUAAAUAUGAAUAAAUGAAUAUAAUAUAUUGCCCGCUUCCCGAGUGAAUGAUGAAUCUAAUCUAUUUCAAAUUUUGUCGACAAUUCAUUUUCUUAAGUAAACCCUU